UGGGCGUGGCUUCGCCUCUACCUUCAAAGCGUUGGUUGCUGAGCUUGUUUGCUGCUGCUGCUGCUGCUGCUCUUGCGAUGAGAAGCCGGGAGGUCUUGAAGCUUUUCAAAACUUUGCACAGAACGAGACAACACGUUUUCAAAAACGAUACUAGAGCCCUAGAAGCUGCAAGACUUAAGAUAAAUGAAGAAUUCAAAAAUAAUAAAGAUGAGACUUCUUCUGAAAAAAUAGCUGAGCUUGUGAAAAUAGGUUCAGAUGUAGAACUUAUACUCAGAACGUCUGUCCUUCAAGGUGUUCAUGUGGAUUCCAACCAUCUACUGCUUGUACCAAGAAAAGAGCUGCUGCUGGAGAACGUGCCUUUCAGCGAUACACCGAAACAAAAGUCAUGAAUUGGGGAGAAUAAAGUUUUGUGGUAAUUGUUAA